AUGCUAUUAUCCAGAACAGUGGCUCAAAAUGUUUGCACUGCUGCUGCGAUUGCUAUUUGUGGACCUUAUCCGUGUGUUCAAACGGAUGUUGUCUUCUCGUGUCUUUGUCCCAACAUGACUUUGGGAGCAAAUGCUGCUGCAUGUAGUAAUAGCAUUGCUACGACAAUCUUUCCACCUGUUAUUGGAACUCAAUGCGGAUUAGUCACAUGUCCAGCUGGUGCAACAUGUAUUCCAACAAAUCAAAAUCCUGCACAUUAUAUAUGCGUUUGCCCAAAUAAUAUUAUCGCUAAUCCGGAUUGUCCAUCCACUCCGUUACCUUCUAAUCCAUGUCUCAUAAACAAUCCAUGUACGAACGGUGGUACUUGUGCUGUUAAUCAACUUACGCUUCAAGCUGUUUGUAUUUGUCCGCCAAAUACAUAUGGUGCCAAUUGUGCAUCCUACUGUCGGCAAUCAUGCGAUCUUAGCUGGUGUUACAACGGCGGUCAAUGUACAAAUGCUUACGGUCAACCGUACUGUGCAUGUCCACAAUAUUACCGGGGUCGACGAUGUGAACUACGUUAUACACCUUACAACUACGUUUAUUUAUAUUAUGGUCCACAAUACUAUGGUAAAUAA